AUGGAGAGCUCAGAGGAUGAAAUCUUAGCUAGACUAGCAGAAGACCUUGAAAAGCAAGGAAUCUACAAGCGAGAUAUUGACAAAAUUGAGGAAGGCCUCUUCUUAGGUAACAGUUACGCUGCACAUAACAAAGAUCUGCUUGACUCACUUGGUAUCACUCAUAUUUUGAAUGUAACCAAUAGGAUUGAUAAUAAAUUCAAGAGAAAUUUCAAAUAUCAUACUAUCCCAGUAGAAGACGCUGCUUCUGAAGAUAUCAAGAGCCACUUUACUGAAGCUAUUGAGUUCAUAGAGACAGCUUUGGAAGAACAAAAGUUAGAUUGUGACAGUACAGCUCGAAAUAAAGUACUGGUACACUGUAAAGCUGGCUAUAGCAGGUCAGCUACAAUAGUCACUGCUUAUUUUAUGCACAAGUAUAAAAUUCCAUACUUCGAAGCAAUUGAGCGUAUAAGAGAGAAGCGUGAGAUUGACCCUAGAAAGGGAUUUAAAAAACAAUUGUAUCAGUUUCAGGUAGAGAAAAUAGGGCUGGAGGAUCUUCCCUCUGAGGAAGAUCCUGCCUAUUUCAAGGAAGAAGGGACUCAUCACUUCUUCUAGUGCCAUAAACAUUUCAAUAUUAG